GGGGGUUUGGCUCCCGGGGUAAUCUGACCCCAGAGCUCUGCUCUUUAAAGAAAUAAAGGAUGAACUUACUGAAUGGAGAUUCGCUGCUGAGUACAGAGCAGGACGGAAAACCUCUAACGACGGAGCGAUGCGAAUGCAAUCUUUACAGGAGUUUACAGAUGCGCGGCGAUGUGAUUUGAAACAUUAAAGUGAAGAACUCGUGCGGUCAACAGAAGGACAAUCACAAGGUUGGCAGACUGGCACGCAGGCACAGAUGGCAGAGGUGAUGGAGGGCAGCACAGCUACAGCAGCAGUGCCCAACACCUGUGUGGACUGGCAGAAACGAUGCAUUGCCCUGGAGACGCAGCUCAUGAGGUUUCGCCUGCAAGCAGGAAACAUCCGACACCUUCUCGCUGAAAGGAUGCAGGAGUUGGAGCAAAAAGUGAUAGAGUCUGACCAGCGGGCAGAGAACGCUGAAAAACAGGUCCAUAUCAUGGGGGAGAAGCUGAAGUCUGCAAACAUGCAACCCAGUGAAUCAGAAAACUCAUUUUACAGGCAGUACCAAGAGCUAAGCAGUCAAAUGCAGGAAAAAGACAUGAUCAUAAAAAAAUUGGAGGACCAUCUGGAGAAGCAGAACUUGGUUCGAGCCCAAGAAGCCAAGAUAAUAGAGGAGAAGUCUGCCAAAAUCAAAGACUGGGUAACUUUCAAGUUACGAGAGAUGGAAACAGAGAACCAGCAGCUGAAAAAGGCAAACCUAAAGCAGGCAGAGCAAAUCCUCAUACUGCAAGACAAGCUUCAAACUCUUCUUGAAAAGCCAGUUGUGGAUACCCACCUGGUUCCCUCCAGCCCCCUACACCCUCCCAGUUGCCCAGGGACACCCCCAGCCCAGGAGGAGGGCUGGAGACUAACAGGGUCUCGCUUAGGGGCAAACACCUCUAAAGAUGGCAAGAGGAAAAUCACAGAUGGCUGUGAUUCUGCUUUUCAUAGUGCAUCUUUAUUUCCCACAAUACAAGACAAAGGAGACUCUCAUAAGUCUAGUCAAGAUGAGGUGAACACCACAGCCUUGGUAAAGGAGGGAGAAGAGAGCACAGAGCUUUCUUUUGGGGGGACACGAGAGAGAACAGUAGGAGGAGCCCCAGACAGAGACCAUUCUUCCGAUGAACUCAACAGCAAAUUCCGUUCCCAGCGCCUACGAUCUUCCUCCUCAUCCUCCUCCUCGUCCUCAGCAUAUGAGACUCCUGGUCCUGAUGGCUUUGACACGCCCACCCCAACACCUAAAAGCCCUCCCCCCACACCCGUCUCACCUUCUUUAAUCCGCCUCCCGCUGUCAAUCCCCUUCCCUCUGUCCUUACCCUCUGGUACCAGCAUGACCCUUCCCAAAGUACGCACCCCUCUAACUCCCCGUGACAGCAUACAGCUCGUAAAAAAGCAUCACAGUCAGCCACAUCCUGGCAUGGAGCGCUUCCAUCAGGUCAACGUCAACAUUGAUAUUGGAAACUGCACCUCUCCAUCCGGCCAAAGUCUGAUGUUGGGUUCCACACAUGGGCUGGAAGAGACUGACAUUGAUGAAGGACCUCCAGAGAACAUGGAGGGUGUGGUGGAGGGACCAGAGAUGGAAGAACUGUCUUCUGAUGGGGUCUUAUGUGAAGGGUUGGACAAGGAACUAGAGAUGAUGGACCCAGAAGUCCUAAAACCACCUACUCCACCUUUGCACAGAUUCCCCUCCUGGGAGAGCCGUAUCUAUGCAGUAGCUAAAUCAGGAAUGAGAGUUUCAGAGGCCUGUCUUGGUGCAAAAACCACUGGCAGAGUAUCCACCCAACCUCAACAUGCUGCUGCUGCUGGCCCUUUUACCCACCUCAUUUAUAAGAACAUGAGUGUGCCUGUGUACUCCACAUUUAAGGGGAAAGCAACUCAGAUCAGCAGCGUCCCUCUUCCUGAUGAUGAUUCUGGUUCAGAAGACGACAGCAGCUCAUUGGCCAGCCUGCACACGUCCACACUGGGACCGGAUAAGAAGGGGAGUACCCCUGGCAGUCCCCGCGCCGUGAAAAGAGGUGUGUCUGUGUCAUCCAUCAGCUCAGAGAGCGACUAUGCCAUUCCUCCAGAUGCGUAUUCUUUGGACAGUGACUGCUCUGAACCCGAGCACAAGGUCCAGCGAACCUCCUCUUACUCCUGCGAGAGCUUCGGGCCGGAGACUCUUGAGAAGUCAGGUUACCUGUUGAAGAUGGGAAGUCAGGUAAAGGCAUGGAAGAGACGCUGGUUUAUUCUGAAGAAUGGGGAGAUCUUGUACUAUAAGUCUCCGAGUGACGUGAUCCGGAAACCUCAGGGCCAAAUGGAGCUAAACUCCUCGUGUCAGAUGGCCCGUGGAGAGGGGGCUCAGACAUUCCAGUUAAUUACAGAAAAGAAGACAUUUUACCUGGCUGCAGACUCCCCAAAUAUCCUGGAAGAGUGGAUCAGAGUUCUCCAGAAUGUUCUCAAGGUCCAGGCUAGUGGACCCGUUUCUAUGGAUAUGGAAGGCAAGCCUACAGUGCGAGGUUGGCUUACUAAGGUAAAACAUGGUCACUCAAAGCUUGUGUGGUGUGCUUUGAUUGGAAAGGUGUUCUACUACUAUCGUAACCAUGAUGACAAGUUCCCAUUGGGUCAGUUGCGUAUCCGUGAAGCGCGGGUGGAAGAAGUGGACAGGUCAUGUGACUCUGAUGAGGAUUAUGAAGCAGGUGGGCGGGGCUUCCUAUCCUCUCACUUCACAUUAGUGGUCCAUCCCAAGGAGCAAAGCCCCACCUACCUACUCGUGGGCACCAAACAAGAAAAGGACACCUGGCUGUACCACCUGACUGUGGCGGCAGGCAGUUGUGCCAGUUUGAGGGUGGGCACAGAGUAUGAGCAGCUGAUUGGCAAGCUGCUGGACACAGAUGGAGACCCAGAUUUGGCACUGUGGAAGCAUGGAGUGCUGUGCUUUAGUAAGGAAGGUCUGCGGUCGCCACUCACCACACUGCCCUCUGAAGCACUUCAAACGGAGGCUCUUAAACUCUUUAAGUCAUGUCAGCUCUUCAUUAAUGUUCUGGUGGAGUCGCCCUCCAUAGACUACCACACUUCGCUGGCCCAGAAUGCACUGCAGGUCUGCCUAACACAUCCAGAGCUCCAGAACGAGAUGUACUGCCAGUUGAUCAAACAGACCAACUGCCGUACCCCUCACAACUAUUCCCUCACACAGUGCUGGCAGCUGUUAUCUUUGUGUGUGGCUCUCUUCCUGCCUCAGCAUCGCUUCCUGUGGUACCUGAGACAGUACCUGCAGCACAAUGCAGAUCCCAGAACUGAAGUAGGAAAGUAUGCCGUGUACUGUCAGCGGUCAGUGGAGAGAACUUUACAGAAUGGAGAAAGAGAGGCCAAACCCUCACGGAUGGAGAUUUUGUCUAUUCUGCUGAGAAACCCAUAUCAUCACUCUUUACCAUUUAGCAUACCUGUCCACUUCAUGAAUAAUACAUAUGAGGUUGUAGGUUUUGAUGGUUCUACCACAGUGGAAGAAUUUCUGAACACAUUGAACCAGAGAACAAGUAUGAGAAAGCCACAGAUUUCAGGUUUUGCACUUUUUACUGAUGACCCCUCUGGAAAAGACUUGGAGCACUGCCUGCAGUCCAGCUAUAAGAUUUGUGAUGUCAUCUCCAAGUGGGAACAAGCGUUGAAAGAACUUCAUCCAGGAAAAUAUGAAGGAACACGGAUUGUCCGCCUAACUUACAAAAGCAGGCUGUGUUUCCGAGCGCAGGCUAAUGGAGAAACAGAACGAGAGCGCCUCCUGCUGGCGUAUCAAGUAAAUGAUGAGGUACAACAAGGGCACUUUCCUGUCAGUAAGGAACUGGGAUUGGAAGUGGCUGCAUUGAUGGCACAGGUUGAGCAUGGAGAUCUGGAUCGCCCUGCAAUGUCACCUGGUUCUCCUCAGUCAAAGACCCAGCAGAUACUUCUGCAGGUACUGGAGCGCUUUUACCCCAAACGGUACAAGCAGGAAUGCAGCUUGGAACAUCUCAGGGACCUUGCUGAGCGUUUGGCCACUAAGUGGUCUGUUUUGCGUGGAUGCACAGCCUCAGAAUGUGUGAGAAUCUAUCUGACCGUGGCCCGCAAAUGGCCUCUUUUUGGGGCCAAGCUUUUCAGUGCCAAGCCUUUGCCACCUUCUCCAUUGGACCAAACUCAAGUGUGGUUGGCUGUUAAUGAAGAUGGACUAAGUGUUCUAGACUACACCAUGCAUCUUUUAGUCACAUAUCCAUACCAGUCGGUGAUCACCUUUGGAGGCUGCAAGGAGGACUUCAUGGUUGUUGUCAGCCAGGUUAAAGACCAGGCUUCGGGCAAGAAGACUGUGGAGAAACUUUCAUUUACAAUGGCUACACCAAAGAUCCUGGAACUGACUCUUCUCAUGGCUAGUUAUAUCAAUUAUUGGACCUCCAGUCUGCCAGGUGCUAGCAACCAGGCACAAGGAUCAGCGCUCGGACCUCAAGGAGACAGAAGGAUGUGGGACAUAGACAGCAGACACUUUCCAUCAAUGACAUAUACCACUAAAGGCCCCACUCUUCUUUAAAGGAAUAGCUCACCCAAAAAUGAAAAUUCUCUUAGUUAAUACCCUCAUGCCAUCUCGGGUGCAUAUGACCUGUUGUGUGUGUAUUGUAAAGCUCACCACGAGAAGUCUACAAUGAAUACAUUUUUGUGAAAAAAUAAGUCGUAUAUAGUACCUGGAAUGGACAGUGAAUAAAUUUUCAGGUGAACUAUUCCUUUAAGUGCAUUGGCAACUCUUCAAAAAGUAUAAAUGUGCCUUUCAAACCCUUUUGA